AUGUCGGAGGCGGCGGCGGCCGAGGCGGGGCCGGCGGGGGCGCGGGAGGACGCGUGCCGCGACUACCAGUCGUCGCUGGAGGACCUGACCUUCAACAGCAAGCCGCACAUCAACAUGCUGACCAUCCUGGCCGAGGAGAACCUGCCCUUCGCCAAGGAGAUCGUGUCGCUCAUCGAGGCCCAAACCGCCAAGGCUCCUUCCUCAGAGAAGCUUCCAGUUAUGUACCUUAUGGAUUCUAUUGUGAAAAACGUUGGAAGAGAAUAUCUCACUGCCUUUACUAAAAACCUAGUUGCAACAUUUAUUUGUGUGUUUGAAAAGGUUGAUGAAAAUACUAGAAAAAGUUUGUUUAAAUUACGUUCCACAUGGGAUGAAAUAUUCCCUUUGAAGAAACUUUAUGCCUUGGAUGUCAGAGUCAAUUCGUUAGAUCCUGCUUGGCCUAUUAAACCUCUACCCCCCAAUGUGAAUACUUCUAGCAUCCAUGUGAAUCCUAAAUUUUUAAAUAAAUCGCCUGAUGAACCUUCAACACCUGGCACAGUGGUCAGUUCACCUAGCAUCUCCACUCCUCCAAUUGUUCCUGAUUUACAAAAGAAUCUAACCCAAGAACAACUAAUAAGGCAGCAGUUACUGGCAAAACAAAAACAGUUGUUAGAACUUCAGCAGAAAAAGCUGGAGCUGGAGCUAGAGCAAGCUAAGGCACAAUUGGCAGUUUCACUUAGCGUCCAGCAAGAAACAUCCAACUUAGGUCCUGGAUCUACACCAUCUAAAUUACAUGUUUCACAAAUUCCUCCUAUGGCAGUUAAAGCUCCCCAUCAGGUUCCAGUGCAACCUGAGAAAAGCCGUCAAGGUCCAUCUUUACAAAUUCAGGAUUUGAAAGGAACUAACCGGGAUCCUCGUCUUAACAGGAUGAGUCAGCAUUCUUCUCAUGGAAAAGAUCAGAGUCAUAGGAAAGAUUUCCUAAUGAACACAUUGAGUCAGUCUGAUAUUAAGGCAAGUAAAACUGUUCCCUCCGAAAAAAUUAAUUCAUCAAAGCAAGAAAAAAGUAAAUCAGGUGAAAAAAUAAACAAGAAAGAACUUGACCCAUUAGACUCGAAAUCUAAAUCUAAAUCUAAAUCACCAUCACCUUUGAAAAACAAAUUAUCCCAUACAAAAGACUUGAAAAAUCAAGAAAUUGAAAGCACAAGGGUUUCUGAUAUGAGCAAGAGAGAUCCGAGAUUAAAAAAGCAUUUUCAGGAUAAGAUUGAUAACAAAGAUGAUGAUUUAAAAGAGAAGAGGAAAACUGCAGAAAAAAAGGAUAAAGAUGAGCACUUAAAAUCGUCUGAACACAGACUGGUUGGAAGUAGAAAUAAAAUAAUAAAUGGCAUUGUACAAAAACCGGAUACAGUAGAAGAAUCUGAAAAACAAGGGACUAAACCAGGGAGAUCAAGUACUAGGAAGCGAUCAAGAUCACGAUCACCCAAGUCCCGAUCACCAAUUAUACAUUCUCCAAAGAGAAGAGAUAGGCGGUCACCCAAACGAAGGCAGAGGAGCAUGUCUCCAACGUUGACACCUAAAGUUGGAAAGAUUCGUCAAUCAGGAGUUAAGCAGUCACAUAUGGAAGAGUUUACACCACCUUCGAGGGAAGAAAGAAAUGCUAAGAGAAGUACUAAGCAAGAUAUUAGAGAUCCAAGAAGAAUAAAAAAGACUGAUGAUGAAAGGCCACAAGAAAUGAUAAAUCAGCAUUCUACAAAGUCAGGUGCUGACACAAAGGAGAAUGUUGACAACUGGCCAAGUUCCAAGUCGAGUAAAAGAUGGAAAUCUGGUUGGGAAGAAAAUAAAAGUUUACAACAGGGUGAUGAACAUAGUAAAUCUCCUCAUCUAAGGCAUAGGGAGAGCUGGUCAAGCACUAAAGGAUUAUUAUCACCUCGAACCCCAAAGCAGCAGCAUCGAUUAAGUGUAGAUGCCAAUCUUCAGAUUCCUAAAGAGUUAACUCUUGCAAGCAAAAGAGAAUUACUUCAAAAGACGAGUGAACGUUUAGCAUCUGGUGAAAUUACGCAAGAUGAGUUCCUUGUUGUUGUGCAUCAAAUUCGACAGCUAUUUCAGUAUCAAGAAGGUAAACAUAGAUGCAAUGUACGGGAUAGUCCUACAGAAGAAAAUAAAGGUGGAUUAAAAAAGAAACCUCUCUUAUCUGAUGCUGAAUUAACCUACUAUGAACAUAAAGCAAAACUGAAAAGGACACAGGUUCAGCAUUCAUUUCCAAGACUUGACCUCUUAGAUCCUGAUAUUUUUGACUACCCUUUGACUGAUGCCUUGUUGUCUGGAAUAGAAUGUGAGCCAUCCAAAAGUAAACAUGCAAGUAGGAAUAGUGGAGCACAGUUUGACAGAAAAGAACAAUUUAGUGAAAGAGCAAGACGUCUUUCUCCUAUAUCUGGGAGUCGUACUUAUGCUGAGAAUCUUUCACCCCAUGAGGGCCGGAGAAGACAUGACGAGCAAGUCUCUGCUAAAGGUGUACGAGAAGAACAAAGAUCACCAUUCAACGAUCGUUUUCCUCUUAAGCGACCUAGAUAUGAAGAUUCAGAUAAACCAUUUGUAGAUAGUCCUGCAUCAAGAUUUGCCGGCCUUGAUACAAAUCAGCGACUUACAGCUUUAGCUGAAGAUAGACCAUUAUUUGAUGGGCCUAGUAGGCCAUCAGUAACUAGAGAUGGCCCAACCAAGAUGAUUUUUGAAGGACCUAAUAAAUUAAGCCCUAGAAUUGAUGGACCUCCUGCACCGGGCUCUCUUCGGUUUGAUGGGUCACCAGGACAAAUGGGGGGAGGUGGCCCUUUGAGAUUUGAAGGACCACAAGGUCAGCUUGGAGGUGGGUGUCCUUUGAGAUUUGAGGGCCCUCCUGGACCAGUUGGGACACCUAUGCGGUUUGAGGGACCAAUUGGUCAAGGAGGAGGUAGUUUUCGAUUUGAAGGUUCCCCUGGUCUGAGAUUUGAGGGGUCUGCAGGUGGUUUGAGAUUUGAAGGACCAGGGGGCCAGCCUGUGGGUGGUCUCAGGUUUGAGGGACAUCGAGGUCAACCUGUGGGUGGUCUAAGGUUUGAGGGACCUCAUGGUCAGCCUGUGGGUGGUCUUAGAUUUGAUAGUCCUCGAGGUCAGCCUGUAGGUGGACUUAGGUUUGAGGGUGGCCAUGGUCCAUCAGGGCCUGCAAUUAGGUUUGAUGGACCUCAUGGUCAGCCAGCAGGUGGGAUUAGAUUUGAGGGCCCUUUGCUACAACAGGGAGUUGGAAUGAGGUUUGAGGGCCCUCAUGGUCAGUCAGUAGCUGGUUUGAGGUUUGAAGGACAACAUAAUCAACUUGGUGGGAACCUUAGGUUUGAGGGUCCACAUGGUCAACCAGGAGUUGGGAUUAGGUUUGAAGGACCUUUAGUUCAACAAGGAGGUGGAAUAAGGUUUGAGGGUCCUGUACCAGGAGGUGGCCUAAGAAUUGAAGGGCCUCUGGGUCAAGGUGGUCCAAGAUUUGAAGGCUGUCAUGCUUUAAGGUUUGAUGGACAACCAGGGCAGCCGUCACUCUUGCCAAGAUUUGAUGGAAUGCAUGGUCAGCCAGGCCCUAGAUUUGAAAGAACUGGUCAGCCAGGCCCGCAGCGAUUUGAUGGACCUCCUGGGCAACAGGUUCAACCAAGAUUUGAUGGUGUACCUCAAAGGUUUGAUGGUCCACAGCACCAGCAAGCAUCAAGGUUUGAUAUUCCUCUUGGUCUUCAAGGCGCACGAUUUGACAAUCAUCCUUCUCAAAGACUUGAAACUUUCAAUCAGACUGGUCCAUAUAAUGAUCCACCUGGUAAUGCUUUUAAUGCCCCAUUCCAAAGACCCGAACAAAUAUUUGAUACAUCUCAAGGACCAAAUUUUAAUGGACCACAUGGUCCUGGAAACCAGAAUUUCUCAAGUCCCCUUAAUAGAGUUUCUGGACAUUAUUUUGAUGAAAAGAAUCUUCAGAGUUCUCAAUUUGGAAACUUUGGUAAUUUACCAGCUCCAAUAGCAGUAGGAAAUCUUCAGGCAUCUCAACAGGUUCUGACUGGUGUUGCUCAGCCAGUAAGCUUUGGACAAGGACAGUUUUUACCAGUUCAUCCACAAAAUCCUGGAGCAUUUGUUCAGAAUCCUUCAGGAGCACUUCCUAAGGCAUAUCCUGAUAAUCAUCUCAGUCAGGUGGAUGUAAAUGAACUUUUCUCAAAACUGCUAAAAACAGGAAUUCUCAAAUUGUCUCAACCUGACUCGGCUACGGCACAAGUAAAUGAAGUUGCUGUUCAACCACCUGCCGAAGAGGAGGAGGAUCAAAACGAAGAUCAAGAUGUUCCAGAUCUUACCAAUUUUACAAUUGAAGAAUUAAAACAACGUUAUGAUAGUGUUAUCAAUCGACUAUACACUGGUAUUCAGUGCUACUCUUGUGGAAUGAGGUUUACAACAUCACAAACAGAUGUAUAUGCAGACCAUUUGGACUGGCAUUAUCGACAAAAUAGAACUGAAAAAGAUGUUAGCAGAAAAGUCACUCACAGGCGUUGGUACUACAGUUUAACAGACUGGAUUGAAUUUGAAGAAAUAGCUGAUUUGGAAGAGCGUGCAAAGAGCCAGUUUUUUGAAAAGGUACAUGAAGAAGUUGUGCUAAAAACUCAGGAGGCUGCUAAAGAAAAGGAGUUCCAAAGUGUACCUGCUGGACCAGCUGGAGCAGUUGAGAGUUGUGAAAUCUGCCAAGAACAAUUUGAACAGUACUGGGAUGAAGAAGAGGAGGAAUGGCAUUUGAAAAAUGCUAUUAGAGUAGAUGGAAAGAUUUAUCAUCCAUCAUGUUACGAAGAUUAUCAAAAUACAUCUUCAUUUGAUUGUACACCAUCUCCUAGCAAGACACCAGUUGAAAACCCCUUGAACAUUAUGUUGAACAUUGUCAAAAAUGAAUUGCAGGAACCCUGUGAAAGUCCCAAAGUUAAGGAAGAACAAAUGGAUACCCCACCAGCUUGUACAGAGGAAAACAUAGCAACAUCCACUGAAAUUAAAACAGAAAGUGAUACAGUCGAGUCAGUUUAAAUAAAAUGAGAAAGGUAUGUUUCUUUUUAAAAAAGCUGCUGUUGGAUUUAGAAGGUGAAGAAUUUUUUUAUGUAAUAUAUAGACAUAUAUCUAUAUAAAUUGUUUAGCUGAGGCAGGGCCUUCAGCUAUCAUUUGGAUAAUAAAUACAUUUUAGUAUUUGCAUUUCCUACUGCCUGCACAGUUUCAGGUGCUUGUUGUGUGAAAGUUCUGUAGAUGUGUGCAAAUUUUAACAAAAUGAAAUUGUAUGUGUAAAAAUGUACGAUUUUCACUUGUGAAACUGUAAAUUAUAAAUAAAAUAUUUUU